AUGGGGAACAUUCUCGCCCAAGACGCGUUCGGGCUGGCCGUGUGGGCGACCGGCUUUGCGCUAGAGGUGGUCGCCGACGGCCAGAAGCGGGCCUUCAAAGCGGACGCCGCAAACGCCGGCAAGUUCAUCGACGUCGGCCUUUGGUCCCGCUGCCGGCACCCCAACUACCUCGGGGAGAUGACUCUUUGGGCGGGCUUCUUCAUCUUCUGCAGCCGCGGCGUGGUCGCGGGCUCCGGGUGGCUUGCCCUCAUGGGCCCCCUGUUCGGGACUGCAAUUUUGACUUUCGUCAGCACCCCCAUGCUGGAGGAAGGAGCGGACAAGAAGUACGGGGGUCACGCGGCGUACCACGAGUACAAGAGAACCACGCCGUCGCUGUUCUUCCGCCUGUGGUAGAAUAGAAGACGGGGGCGUGUACAUUGUGGAUCCCCUCCUGCACAACCAACUUGUUCUUGUUUGUUUGAGAUUUUUACUCAGAAAGCCAAAUCACACCAUAAGACUAUAGUCACCGCUGACUGGUCUAAUGGUGACUUGUCUAGGGUUUGAUUUCGGCUUCUAAAUACAUUGGUAGUCGUGGAGUCCGAAUGACCCGACACUUUCGCUCCGAGAUAUCAAAACCAUCAGGCUAGUCAGCUCUGACUGGUGUACUGCUGUAUUGAGCUUGAUUUCGGCUUCUACAGGUUGCGCGAUGG